AUGCACUCUUUCCAACAGAUCAUCGUCGCCCUCUUCGCGCUGCUCGUGUGCGCCUCGGCUCAGAGCGCUGGGUCCUAUGAGACAACCGUCUACAUGACGUCCACCAUCUACCACCUCAACGUCGUCACUGCGUCCGGCGCCUCGCCCACCGGCAGUGUCGCCAACCAAACCUCGACCAUCCACGCCACGUCUGUCGCCACGUCUGUCGCCCCGUACGCCGUCCCCUCGUACUCUCCCCCCGCCUACUCUGCCGGCCACAAUGGCACCGUCGUCUCCCCCAGCGGCACCCUGUCCAACCCCAGCCCAGCCCAGUUCACUGGCGCCGCAUCGGCCCUCAACGCCAACGCUCUCGUCGCAGCCCUCGUUGCUGGCGUCGGCUACCUCGCCCUGUGA